AAUAACACGAAAACAGCAAAGCAGCGAAUAUAAUACGAAAAAGCCAGGGCAAUAACUCGUAUUCUUACAUCGAAACAAAAACAGUGAUAUAAACUAAAACUGGAACGAAACCGUGGCAAAGAGUUGCGUUCAGUUGUAUCGAGAGUUGAGUAAAUAAUAAACACACACAGAGCGAGCGAGUGGUGGGAAGUGAGAGGAAAGGACUCGAAGAAAAAGAAGAAGAAAAAAAAAAAAAACGCGCGGAAAAGUGCAUUUCGAUUUCCCAUUUAUUUUACGUUUUUUUCCCCCCCUCUCGAGUGAAAGUUGGGCGGUCGCCUUCAUUAUAUACCCACAAUCAGGCAGCAACAAACACACCCACGAACCACGAACCAACGCACACAGACUGAUGAACCGUUCCAACAGCUUUGUCAGCUCGCUCAAGUGGUGGCCACUGCAGCAGGGUCACAACAACCACAACCAACCGGCGGCGCAACCUGCCGGCAGCGGGGGCUACUCGCAGUCCGCGCCCAGCUCCCCCACCUCCAAUUGGCCGCCGCCGCUGCAGCAACAGCAGCUCCAUCGCCUGCACCCAUUGGCACCGCAUACACAAAAGCCCGGCGUCGUCGGCGCCACAUUCGGCAGCAGCGUUGCCGUACAAAAGCUACGCGAAUCGAAGUGGUUCAAGCCGGCAGAGCAGCGCAUCUUUUGCGCCGUUGUCGAAUGCGGUUUUAUUGUGGAAAUACGCAGCAGCUCUGCCGCCGAAGCGGCGGCAGCGGCAGCAGCAGCUGCUGCAAUGGCCGGCGGUGCCUCCGCCAACGGUGACACCUCCUCCGUCGAUGGCGUGGACACCCUGGAGCUCGAUUGCCCGCCACAUCCGCCAGCGCCGCUGCUGGUCAUAACGCGCAACGGAAGCAGCUUCCUUGAGACGCAGGAUGAGAACGAGACACCAGUGGCCUCCUGGUAUGGCAUCGUUCUCUGCAAAUUGGCCAAAGACAAUAAACCCAAGCCCGAAACUAUUGAGAUAUUUUCUGUGAAAAUACGUGAGAAUGGGACAUAUAAAUUAAUUAAAAUGUCACUUGCUGAUAUAUGGAGCCACGGCUGGGAAUUGCGUAUUAAUAAUUUCGCCGAUAAGGAGAAAGUCCCCCACAACGAAAAGGAUAUACGCAAUCAGGUAUCGGUGGCUCGAAAGGCCAAACAGAGUUUGUGGAACAACAACAAGCACUUCGUUUACUGGUGUCGAUACGGAAGUCGUCAGCAGGAUCUGCGGAAGCGACAGAUGUCGGAGUGCGUGAAGUGGGGCAGCGUUGGCAUGAAUGCGGGCAUGUUGUUGGUGCUCAAUAGCAAUAAUAAACCCAAAAGAACGCAAUUGGCACACGCAAAAUAAUAAUACAUAUAAUAAUAAUAAUAAUAACUAUAUGAAAACUUGAUUAUUGAAACAAAUUCUGUACUGCUGCUGCUGCUGCCACAGACCGAUUUUACACAGAAGAGUAUUAAAAGCGUAAAUUCAGUUGAUAAGAUAAUUUAUGGAUUAAGAACGAAGCCAAAAGGGUUGUGUGUGUGGAAAACAAAAAAAGAAAACGCCCAAAAAAACAUCC